AUGGGGCUGCUGGAGCGGCUGCGGAAGGAGUGGUUCAUCCUCGGCAUCGUGCUGGUCAUCGCCGUGGCGCGGCUGGAGCCCGGCGUCGGCGUCAAAGGCGGACCCUUGAAACCAGAAAUUACCAUAACUUACAUUGCCGUUUCUGCUAUAUUCUUUAACAGUGGACUCUCCUUAAAAACUGAGGAGCUGACAAGUGCUUUGAUGCAUGUGAAACUACACCUUUUUGUCCAGAUUUUUACACUUGUGUUCUUCCCAACAGCAAUAUGGGUCUUUCUUCAGCUGUUAUCAAUCACACCUAUAAAUGAAUGGCUUUUAAAAGGCUUGCAGACAGUGGGCUGCAUGCCACCUCCCGUGUCUUCUGCUGUAAUUUUAACCAAAGCUGUUGGUGGGAAUGAGGCAGCUGCUAUAUUUAAUUCCGCUUUUGGAAGUUUUUUGGUAAGUAACACAGUAUUUAUAGCAAGUGAUUUAAUAGUCUCAUUUUUAACAGUAUUAUUGGUGUUUUUGUAUUUUUUUCACAUUAUUGUUGGUGGAAUUUUGACAUUCAGAUGGCAAAAAUUUGAAUCGUCUUUCAGUUGAUGUCGCCAUGCCCUUAAAUACGGAUAUUGCAAUUUCUUUUCUUUUUGUUAAACUCUUGAGAAACGUAGUGAAUAAAUUUCCUCUGCUCGUGGUAAAUUAAUAAUGUGUAAACACAUCUUAAUUUUCUUCUAAAUGGGUUAACAGAAUCUAUUAUUAUGCAGAUGUCUCAGACAUGGGGCGUCAAUAUAUUGAUUUUUCUAAUAAGGCCCAUCAAAUACUCAUUAUUUUCUAUCAAGAGGCCAUGGAUUUUGAAAAGAAAACAUGACCCAGCUGAUCAGAGAGUAGAUGCUAAUUUACUCAGUGACUUGUCAUUUGUUUAGCAUAUUUUACUGUCAGUGGAGCCACUCGAUGUCUCUGAGGAGCAAACUAAAAUAGCUAGAUAUAGGAAAGCAAUCAAUCCAGCUGGAAAUAUAAUUUUCUUUAAAAAGCAAAAGCUGGAUUUGUGGCCCUGAUGGUCUACAAAGUAUUAGAAAGGAUGCUGCAAAGAACACUAAAUAUAUUUAUGAAGGAAGGAAGAUUACUGAUGUGUUGUUUAGAGAGAUACUAAUGAAUAUUAAAUAAAAAUUAUUUUAUGUGUUUGUAAACUACUGCAACUGAUUGUUUAUUUAGGCAGCUAAUAAUUGAAUUUGUUCUUACGAAAAUUUCUGCAUGUUUAGAAGUAUGUGUUUGUGAUGCCAGUCUUGUGCCCCCUUUUUAUACUGUGAAGUAUAAAAUUAAUGAAUGAUAAAAGAAUUCAAAUUAGGAAAUUGAAAUCAAAACUGCGAGUACAAUAUAACUCUUUUUUUAUUCAUGGCUUUUUUUUUUUUAAUGGGAAGCUGGCUUUUAGAAGCUUAAAUAUAUGGAACUCUAGCAAGAGAUAGUCACAUGGCAUUUUGCAGUUGUGUUGUCCUGCUGUAUUUUUGAGGGACUAGGCUGAAGAUAGGAGGGUGGAUGUUAAUAAUUUGGGGUAUCAUUGACCUCUCACAUAUUUAAAAUAUCAGUUCCCAAGUACUUGUCCUUUUUGUUACCUGUAAUGUUCUCCUUCCGUGGGUGUACCUCAAACUGUGGAAGUGUUGGAAAAACUCUUAAGUGUGUGUGUGAUAUUUUCUCUUGUUGCUUGGCACGAGCUCCUGGUUUCUCUGCUGUCUCCAGCUUUCAGUUCAAGAGGUUUCUGUGAAUACCCAAAGGCUCAGCUCAGCUGCCAUUUGGAGACAUCUUUUGGCUUCAAGUAAAAAUUAGGGCUCCGACUACAAUGCUGGCAUCUAGUGAAUGAACUGAGAUAUAUUCUCAAAUACUAGUAGCUGUUUACAGCUCUUUAAAGAAAUCUGAACUCAAGAAGCUGUUAGUUUUUGUCUUCAUGUAAUACUCCUAAUUUUGGUUUUGGUCUUAGUUCAUGAUCAUUGGAAAGUUCUGAUUACAUGUACUUACCUCAUUUCACUUUUUGUUCCCCUCAGGUCUUUUUGCAAAUGUUGGAACAGCAUUGCAGUAAACAUUAUUCUUACAAAGUUUCCAGAAAAGACUUUUCAAAAAUAUUAAAGAUCAGCUAGAAUGAAACCAUAGUGCCAGCUGAUUUUUUUCUAACUACCGAUCUUUUUAGAAUAACGUGGUAAAGACACUGGUUACUAUCAAAUUAUAAAUAUAUCCACACAUUUAAACACUUGUUGUGAUAAUUCUACUUUGAUAUCGUGACUACCUAGGCAAUAUGUGGGUAUGACACAAAACAACUCACAAAUAUGUUUGAGUGCUUUGUUCUUACAAACUUUUCCAGUGAUGAAGUUGAUAGGAUAAACCUUGUGAUUGAAAUGUGACAGUAGGCCAGGGACAGCAGUAAGUAGACGGAGUUGUUUACCAGUUGUUUCACAGUGGUGUGGGUCUACAUGACCUUAAAUCAAGCAGCUCCAGAUGUGGAGCACUGGCAAGUGUAUGGUCACUUAGCAAAGGAGCUUGUUGUUGAAAAACUGGCAAAGCAUUAAAUGCAUGUGUGUUUGUGUGUGUGUAUAUAUACAUAUGUAUGUGCUUGAAGUCAAAACUGAUCUGUAAAAUGUAAGAAUAAUUGGCUUGUUUCUGAGAAGAUAAUGGAAGGUCCUGGUGGAAAUGGUUUUGGGAAUUCAUCAGUUUGUAUUGGUGCUUAGCUUAGGUUCUUCACCCAUAGCCGAAUCCAUAUGUCCUGUAUCUUCAAUUCAUGAUGAAUCUAAAUCACAUUUGCAUUUUUCUUAGGAGUGUCUAAUGAUGAACUGUAGGUGGACAGUCUUAGAUGGAGUUAUAGACUUUGUGACCAAAACUUGAUACUUCCACGUGUCCUGGAGAUUAUUUGGAAGGCUCUGACCUCAGCAAGGCUGAAGUUUUUCUUAUUUUCCUUGUCUUACCACGUGUAGCAUGUGGGCACGUCAUGGCACUUGUGACAAAGCCAGGACAGUGUUUUCUCUUUUCAGACUAUGCCCUGUGGGCCAGUGCCUGUGUGUGAUAGUGCCAAGCAGGCUGAUUUAAAAGGGCUGAAAGAUGUGCUGUGCUGAUUACUCUCCUGCUCCCACCACCUUUCCCCCCCCCCCCUUAAGACUAGGAAGUAGUGCUUGAGAAGUUAAAUUAAGGUAAGUUGUGGAACAAAAUGUCUGUAGGAAAAUACUCAGUGUAAUGUUAGAAUGAUACUGAGAUCAGCUUAUUCAGAUGAAACAGAACAUCUUGUGAUACACAAAAUGAAGAAAUGCCAAAUAUGGCCUGGUGAGCAGAAAUGCACUUAGAUUAGGGACCUGGGGAUGUUUUCACUGGUAAAGAGAUUUACAAAAAUUACCAGCCAACCAUAAAACAAUUCCUUUUUAACUCCACCAAAGCCCAUAUUCCUAUAAAUAUAUAGACAAAACAGUGCAUGGAAUGAUACUGUACAUAUUUGCAUUAUUUUACUGACUUAGUUUAAUAACGUCCCAGGUCUAAUUAAAACACAGUGUUUGAAAAAACUAAUUGUUACAGAAAAGUGUUUUUAUGUAGCUAGAUUAGUAAUAACUAACGAUAGAUGAAUUCAAUUUACAUAAAUUUCAGCCAAGAGAAUAUUUAGACUCAUACCACAGAGGAUUGCUCUGAGUUGGGUAGUUAAUAUCAUUAUCUCCUCCCCCCGUUUAAGCAGUUAGGUUUACAAUAAUUGUGGAACAUAAGAAGUGAUUUCAGAUUUGCCUCUUAAUGGGGUUUUAAUAUAAUCUGGUAGUGUUUUACUCAUACAGAUUGGUAGGUUAUCACAAGGUUGCAUGGACAUGCUAAGACAGAAAGCACUGUGUUAGCUGCUUCCACUUGGAGGAGAGGAUGCUUUUGCACCUAAAGGCUAAAGAAAUUGCCUGGAAUGUUGAGUGUAGAUCUGCUGACAUGCUUAAUGUUGUGUGCAUUGCUGUGCUCCCUAAGCAUUUCUAUUCUGCUUCUAAAACAAGAAGACCAAAUACCUGUAAAUGUCCAAAUCACAGUGCAAGAGGCAGGAGACUGCCAAACACGCGGUGCUGCUGGUGGUUCCAUGGCGUUUGCCCGAGUGGUUCAGCUCCUUUGACUUUGUCCACCUGUCACUGAGGCUGCUCCUGCACUGGAGACGUGCUUGGCUGAGAGCUGCACUCAGUUUGCAGUGACAAAGUAAUGGCCUGUGCGUGGGAGAUGGACUUCCAGAACACUGUGUCCUCACAAAAUGCACUGCUAGGCUAGAGCAGUCUUGUCUAAUCUUUGUACCUCUCAUUAAAUCUCCUUUCUGCUUCAGACUGUGGGCUGGGGAUCCCAUAAAAAUAUCCAGCCUGUGGUGUGAGUCAGUGCAGGCUGGUUCUUCUGUGCCUUGGGGUCACAGUUAGUGUGAAAGGAACAGCCAUCAGCUCCACCUUAAGCAAAGAACUGUAACUGAGAUCUGAAGGUCUGUGGUGACAGGAAAUGAAGAGGAAAAUAGAGGAUUCCAGGGCUCUGCUCUGCUGGCCACUGGACUCCUGAGAAAGCAGCAAAUUGGUUGAGGCUUCCUCCAGUGCUUGUCUUGGAUUAUCUUUCUUUCUCUGUUGAAACAUAAUAGAUGAAAUAAGACACAUUACAGGUAUCCAUCAUUCCAUUAAUCUCCUUUGUCCAAACUAAGUAUGUGUGGGUUUGUUCUUUUAUCUCACCAUCUCAGAGGGGACAGAGCUGGUUCAUGUCGUUCAAAAAGCUCAAAUAAUUUUUGAAGCAGCCACGUGGCUCAUCAAAUCAAGGCUAGUGUUUUUAUUUAUAUUGUCUUCCAAAUGCAAGCUAAAGCUAGCAGAGAAUGAAGUUAGCUUCUCACAUACACACAAAGCUUAGUUGGUUAAUGAAAAUGUAUGGAAUUCUUAUCUAGUCUGCUUUAGCAGGCAUAAUGAUUUACACAGCCUGACAGCACUAGUGCUGCAAGUAAAUGCAUUAGUCAUAGUGUCCAUUUUUCUUGCAAAUUUGUGACACAGAUUUAAUUAUGGGAAUGACCAGCAACUUACAAAUCUAAUUUUGGUAGGCUGAGCCAACUUUUUUAUUUUAAUAACAAUGGAUUUUUUAGCAAUGAUUUCAUUACUAUUUAAAGAAAUCCAACCAUAUGGAAAUAACCAAUUGGCUGAAUUUAUUUACUUUAUUUUACCUUAAUGGAUGUUGAAUGGUUUAGGUUUAUUUGGGGCUUUUUUUAUUAUCACUUUUUUCAUCUUAGUUAUUUCUAGGAUAAAUAUCCUUAUCUGUCUUAAGUAUUUCUAGUACAAACAUUAUAAAUAUUUUUAUAAAAUCAAGCACAUGUUUGUAUACCCCUUUGUUCCCCUCUUAGUUGUAUCUUUGCAGUAUGAAAAGGGGCAGAGCAGUCAUCUGGGAUUCCCUUUUUACUGUGCUAGCUGUUUACAGGGAAAUCUUGCCAGGAAGUCUGUUCACAACAGGUGCUGAAUUCUAGAUUCAGUCUUGUUUAAUUUCAAAGUGGAGCUGCAUUAUGGUGAGCCCCUGCACUCUGGAAGUGGUCUCCUCUUGCUCUGUGAGCAGUGCAGAGGUGCUGCUGGUCUGUGCUCCGAAUUGGAUCGGGGCAGUUCUCCAAGUCCUGAGCAAGUUCUCCCUCUCAAUGAGCCGCUGGAGAAGGCACCUUAUCCUUGAAGGAUUAGUUUUGCAUGAGUGGAAGGGGGUGGCAGAUCUCGGCAGCAGUGAGUGUUUGGGCCCGAUAGUAUGAACCAGGCAGGAAAAGUUUGUAUUCCAUGGAGUUGAAAUAAUCUUGGGAGCCACUUUUGUUGCCUUGCUGUAACUUAUUUCAUGGUUGGUGCUCAGAUCUCUUCUUGUUAACAUCCUCGUUUUGAUUUCUGCUGGCUGAAGCUGAAAUCUCAACAUAAGCUUGGGCAUCAUUGGCUGUUUCCCAGUUUGCCAAGUAACUUUUCAAAGCAUGUAGGCAUUCAACUCUCACUGUGUACCUAAACUUCCAUUGUAUAGCCUGCUUAGCUGAAUACCUAAAUUUGAGUGUUUGUACUAUUUUGGUACAAGCAAAGCAGAAUAACAAAGCUCCCUGUAAAAGACACCCUUUAGUAUGGGCUUAAAAAAGAGCCUUGACAUACAUGAUUGUUUUGAGGGAUUGCUGGGCAUGUGCACCCAUCCCAGUGUUCCUUUACUGAUCACCUCUCUCCCUCCCAAAGCCAAACUGAUCAAAUGGGUGUUAGAAUGAGAUGCAGAAUUUUUUACAAAAUAAAAUAAUAAUUAAAAAAAUCUACCUGUCCAUGACUAAUGCUGAACUACUUUAAAUUAAAACAA